UUCAACUCCAGAUGAGUGAAAAACCACUUGCUUAUAUGACAUUUUCAUAAAAUCGAAUUUGAAAAUCCUUUUAAAAAAAUGGAUUUUCCGAAGUUCCGUCUGAAACUUUGUAAAACGUCGACUCGAAAGUACUUGCGGACUUAUUAAAGAAGGCACUGUGUAGACUUCGCCUACUUUGAUCGCUCAGCCCGACCACCAAACGUACGUCCGGGUCGAGAGAACUCGUCAGGAAAUUUUUUUCGUUUUUCUUCCCCUUUUUUUCCGUUUUUUCAGGAUCGCGUCUUCAAAAUCGCGGCCGGAAUUUCCUUUCGUUCACCGGCAUUUUCCCCCCUGUCUUAUCGGUUAAUUUCAAGGCGGACCUUUUACGAACAAAGCGAAGGAAACAUGGCAGGGAAUAAAAUUGAAGAGGAUACUGAAAAAACUUCAAAAGAAACCACUGACAAAGAAAUCCAACACAUAAAGCACCCAUUACAGAACAGUUGGUCCCUUUGGUACUACGAUAAUGACAGGAAAAAAUCCUGGCUCGAAAAUUUAAAAGAGAUCACCAGCUUUGCGACGGUUGAAGACUUCUGGAGCAUUUAUAACCAUAUUAAGCCAGCGAGUGAGCUGAAGAUUAGCAAUGAUUAUUAUCUAUUCAAAACUGGCAUAAGCCCAACGUGGGAAGACAAAGCGAAUGAGCAUGGCGGCAGAUGGGUUAUGAGCAUAGACAAAAAACAGAGAGAUUAUGAAUUAGAUAGUAUCUGGCUUGAAGUGAUGCUCUGUCUAAUCGGCGAAUCUUUCGAAGAGCAUACAGAUGAAAUUUGUGGCGCCACUGUCAAUAUAAGGGCGAAAGUAGAUAGAAUUAGCGUAUGGACUGCACAUUCGGAUAAACCGACUGCAAUGGCGAUAGGGAGGAUAUUGAAAGACAGGCUAAAUCUCAAUGGGAAACAGUUAACAUUCAGCGUCCAUCCAGAAGCUGUAACCAAAAGUGGGGCAACAGGGUCCAAGAACAUCAGCUAUGUUAUAUAAAACAACAAACUAUUAGGUACUAUUUUGAAAUAAGAAAACAAUUGGAGAAUGUGAAAAAGGUGAAAGAAUCACGAUAUAUAUAUGUACUAUAUAUAGAUUGUUAUAUUAUUACCAAAACAGUUCAAUAUUAUACACUGUAUAUAAUUUGUUUUA